AUGGUGGCCUCUCAAUUCAGCUGCCCUCUUGGCUCGGGCAGGCCUCCCUGGAAGACGGUGAAGACGCCAACGUUGAGAAUGAAGAAGCUGAACUGGCAGAAGCUGCCCUCCAAUGUGGUGAGAGAAAGUCACUCAAUGUGGGCUUCAGUGAGCAGCAGCAGCGAGGAAACUAUAGAGCCCAAUUACACAAGCAUAGAGCAGCUGUUUUGCUUUCCACAACCAACCCCCAAGGAGAAAACGGCCGCACCAGUGAAGGCAGAACCGAAGGAGAUCACAUUUUUGGACUCCAAGAAAAGUCUCAAUUUGAACAUAUUUUUGAAGCAAUUUAAAUGCUCCAACGAAGAGGUGGCUGCCAUGGUCCAGAACGGGGACCGGACCAAGUUCGAUGUUGAGGUUCUGAAGCAGUUGCUGAAGCUGCUGCCUGAAAAGCAUGAGAUAGAAAACGUGAAAGCCUUCAAAGAGGAGAAAUCAAAGCUUGCAAACGCAGAUCAGUUUUAUCUUCUCCUCCUUCAGAUUCCCAGCUACCAGCUGCGCAUUGAAUGUAUGCUGAUCUGUGAAGAGACCACCGUUGUGCUGGACAUGAUUCAGCCGAAAGCUGAAGCCAUCCGGAGAGCCUGCGAAGAUCUUCUGAACAGUCAUCGCCUGCCGCUCUUUUGUCAACUGAUUCUCAAAGUCGGAAACUUUCUGAACUACGGAAGUCACACAGGCGAUGCCGAUGGGUUUAAAAUCAGCACUUUACUCAAACUAACAGAAACCAAAGCAAACCAAACCCGCAUUACGCUGCUCCACCAUAUUCUGGAGGAGGUAGAAAACAGCCACACGGACCUACUGGAACUGCCAAAGGAUCUUGAAUAUGUUUCAAAAGCAGCAGGAAUUAAUCUUGAUAUUAUACGCACGGAGUCCAGUACCAAUUUAAAGAAGUUGCUGGAGCUUCAGCGAAAGGUCUUAUCAUCAAACGAUGAUGUGAAACAACAGUAUGAGAAACCUAUCCAGGAUAGCAUUGAUGCCUCCAGAAAGCUGGAAGAAGAAUUUGAAACCAUUGAAAGGAAGAGAGAAGAACUUGCAAAUUAUCUCUGUGAAGACCCAAGCAAAUUGUCCUUAGAGGACAUAUUUAGCACCAUGAAGACCUUCAGAGAUCUCUUCAUUCGAGCCCUGAAGGAAAACAAGGACAGAAAGGAGCAAGCUGCCAAAGCAGAGAAGAGGAAGAAACAGCUGGAAGAGGAAGAGGGGAAGAGACAGAAGGGAGAAAAUGGAAAAGUCAUUAAGAAGGGAGUGGUGAAGCAGGAGGAGGUGUGCGUCAUCGAUGCGCUGCUGGCCGACAUAAGGAAAGGGUUCACGCUGAGAAAGACAAAGAACAGACACGAGUCGGAUGCACUUCCUAAAACCUCACCUGCAGAGAGCCCGGAGGAGAGCCAGUCUGGAAAGAGCAUUAAGGAUCCACAAGCAGCAGGAAAGCAAAUUGAUGAUAAGGCCAAGCAAAACAACGAUGGUCAUCCCUCAGAAAGCACUCCCCCUUCAACCACUGCCCUGAUGGAGAUGAGUGGAGAUGUUACAAAUGCCUCAGCUUCAAACCAGGCGUUAUCUAAAAACAAUGCUGGAGGAAAUUUGCCACCAGAGUCCUGGACAGAAAGCCCCUCAGUAAGCUUGGUGGAAGCUGACGGGGCCAGUCAGCCCAUGCCAGGUGCUGGGAUGGAGCCGGCAGACAGCUGGGCAAGCCUCCAGCCAAGCACGAAGAGUGGCUCCAUUGCCUUCUCUGCUGCUAACAUAGGCACAGGGAUAAGGUUUGCAAGCAGCAGUUCAGGCACUGCUCUGAGAGACCAACUCAAUGGAUCCAUCUCAGAAGGCCAGGACAAUGAAUGCCCAGCUGAUGGCUCGGAGAGCUACAGGCUGGUGCAGGAGCCAGAAACCCAGCCGAGCGAGACUGGAGUCGACACUGGCAGUGCUCAGUCCACUCCCUGCAAUGAGGCUCAUCGGGCAGAGUCGAAAGAGAUGGCGAAGGAAAACGAAGACCCUGGUACAGACUCGCUGUUGGACACCUCUCAAGAGAAGUCCUUCUCGGAGGAGCCAGCCACCGACUCCUCUUGUUCAGCAACACUCCCCCCAGGGCAAACUCACACCGACAGGGAAAAGCAGAGGCCAUCUGGGAAACGGAGGAAGAAGAAGAGGCACAGCAAAAGCUACUCAGGUGUCACGGCAAGGCAGAAGAAAUAACAGAGACCCAGUGAAUCACUCACGUGUCCCCGGAGUGCUGCCAGCUUCUCAGAAGCCAGGCUCUGCAUCGCCAAAAUGCCACCGUGGUCACCUCUGCCCCACCAGGACGCACCGCUUCUCCUCGCGCAGCCUUUCGCUCCCCUCCCCAAGACCCAAAGAGCCUCCCCUGAGACUUCGGCCCCCUCGGCCCGUGCCUUACGCUGGGGGCCCACGGGAACGGGGGACGGUUCUGCGCCUGGUGGCAUGAAAGGGUCAGACCUCUCGCCCGCUGUCCUCAAAGCCAAGUCUUUGAACCUGCUCUUAGGCCAAACUCGAAAUGACAGCUGAGUGUGGCCCAAGAAAGGACCACAGUGUUUAGCGCUCAGAGAAAUUUUAAAAAUAGCAGUGCCUCAACUAAAUUAAGGGUAUAAAUUAAGCAGUGGCUGUACCAUCACAGGUGGAAGCAUGUUACUCCCUCUUCUCAUCGCCCACUGAUGAUUUAUAUUGGACCAGGUCCAAGACCCAGAUCAGACAAACGUAUUUUUACUCUCAAUCAUUUAAAGCAAGGGAAAUCGGAUACAGGGAAAAAAAAGGUUAAAAAAAAAAAAGCAUGUAUUUUAGUAAGCAUAUGGCCAUAUAAACAGUGUCUGGUUCCUACAUGACGCUUAUGUGCAAUUAAGUUGAAGCUCAUCAGUAGUCUUCUCACAUGCACAGAUGCGUCCAACAACUUUUGGAGAACCAAGGCCCCGGUUCCUGUUAUUAAAGCACCAGAAAUACAUUUUCCAGAGUGCUCUAUUGGACGCAUUUUCAGCUCAUCCUAUAGUAAAUCUCUGGGUUUGAACGCCAUUGUCAGCUGCUUGCACUCAAAAGUCUUUGUGUUCAAGCUGCAGAAUGUGUAAAUUCAUGUUACUUUUGCUUUAAAACUGGGAAUGUGCAGUAUUGUGUUUUCAAAAUUCAGAGCUUUAUUUCUCAAGUUUUGUAAUAACAUUGUAUCAUAGUUUUGUACAUAGCUGUCCAUUUAAAAUGAUCUAUGUUUGUUGAAUCUGUGGUGUGAUACUGUGCUGAAACAUGAAUCAAGUGGAAGAGCUGGGUACAUUUAAGAACUAUGCCUUUAUAUGGUAACUCACUGUGGCUAGACUAAUGUUCAGGCUAAAGUUUAUUUUGCUUUGCUUAAUGGGACUUGUAAUGUCCUUGUAAUACUAAGAAGUUAAACCAAGAAUUAAAUCACUGGUUUAUUUUAACGGAAGCAUUGCUAUGGCCAUAUUGAGAAUCGGUUAACAAAAGCAAAGAUCAGCUGAGAGCAGGCGCAUGGGCAGCUUCAGUUCAGGAGGCCCCGCAGAGCGGCACAGCCCCGUUGCCGCUGAAAUCCCGUUCCCGGCUGGCAGAAGCAGGCAGAGCCCCACCGUUUCCUGCAGAACCACGCAAUCCGCCCAGGUUUGACUUGCAGGACUCUCUCUAUCACAUUUACAGGUUUCCCCUUUUUCUUCCCCUUUUCCAGUCUCAGAGCACAUCACCCAAAGCAUCAGUCCUUUUGCUCCCAUUAAUCCAGCUUCUCUGCUCUCACAUUAGACCCCAGGCUACAAAAAUCUGAGUAUCAAACACGUUUUCCCAGCAGCUUUGCAACCUCCGUGUUUCCAGCAAGAGCCUUCCAGCAGCCAGCCUCGUCCUCCCCACCCCGCUGUUUUAUCGAUAGGAACAUCAUCAUUUUGAGAUUCAGGACUUGCGAACAAACAGGCUUUCCGGGUGUUACCUAGGGAACCUUACCUGCUGAUGCCCCGCAGGCUGCUCUCUUUAGAUGCUGCAGCAGGUGUCCACUUCUCCAUCUGGGUCUUUCAGCUACCCCCAAUUCCACCUAGAGAGAGCAGCUCUUUUCACACAGCCAGAGGUUUUAUUGCUCUGCGUUAUUACCUUGGCCUUCAAAGAGAGGGGUUUUGGCAUUAUCUUUCCACUGCCCUCAAGAGUUUAUGGAGAAAUGGGUUAUUUUGAGCCAUUGCCUGUUCUUUGUUCCAUAGUCAUCUGUGAAAACUACAUUAAAUUAUGUAUACAAUCACAUCCCAAUAAGCAGGCUGAAGCUCAGCAUUUAUAAUUUAUUACUCCAGAGCCACUCUGCUUCCAUUACAGUGAUUAUUUAAGAACAGGGGGACAGAAUUGGAGCAGGUCAAAGAAAGAUGUUCAACUGGGAUGUGCAGUUUUGCUCUAUUUGUGACCUUGAAAUAAAGCUCAUGAUCCUGAAGAUGUUUCAGUGGUUGCAAGGCCAAUUUAAUUGCUGGUAAAAACAACAUCACUUGCAGCUACUUCAACAGGUCUGCGGUCAUUUAAGCCAACAGUGAGUUUGGACCUCAAAAAAGAAUUCUUGUGGUAUAUUACAGUGACUGCACAUGGAGUCCAGUAUGUAAACCAGCCUGUGAACACCACAAGUUUCUCGCUGGCAAAUAACUGCAUGUUCCUUAAUUAAACAUUGGCUAUAUGAUAAAAUGAAGCUAUGGAAGAAAUCAGAAGAAGUCUUUUCCAAGUAUUUCACAUCAGAAUUCCGAUAUGUUUAAUGGGAUGGAUUUUCAGGGUUUGUUUUUUGGUUUUUGAUUUUU